AGCGCGGGGCAGAGCGGCGCGGGCACGAUGGCCGGCGGCCCCGAGCGGGUGGCGCUGAAGAAGGAGAUCGGGCUGCUGAGCGCCUGUGCCAUCAUCAUCGGUAACAUCAUUGGUUCUGGGAUCUUUAUAUCACCGAAAGGGGUUUUGGAGCACACUGGCUCGGUGGGACUGGCUCUCAUUAUUUGGGUGCUUGGCGGCGGGGUCGCUGCCCUGGGAUCUCUGUGUUAUGCUGAGCUGGGAGUUACCAUCCCCAAAUCAGGAGGGGACUAUUCCUACGUCACAGAGAUCUUUGGUGGGCUAGCUGGGUUUCUGCUGCUCUGGAGUGCGGUGCUCAUCAUGUACCCUACAAGUCUGGCUGUCAUCUCACUGACCUUCUCAAACUAUGUCCUGCAGCCUGUGUUCCCUAACUGUAUUCCCCCGUAUAAUGCCUCUAGGAUCCUCUCCAUGGUGUGUUUACUACUCCUGACCUGGGUCAACAGCUCCAGCGUUCGAUGGGCAACGCGCAUUCAGGAUAUAUUUACGGCAGGAAAACUCUUAGCCUUGGCCCUUAUCAUUACUGUGGGCUUCAUACAGAUCUUUAAAGGAAACUAUGAAGAGCUGACACUGAGCAAAGCAUUCAAUUUUUGGAUGACUCCAUCCGUGGGGCAUUUAGCACUAGCUUUCCUUCAAGGGUCGUUUGCAUUUAGCGGCUGGAACUUCUUGAACUAUGUAACAGAAGAGUUGGUUGAUCCCUGCAGGAACCUACCUCGUGCCAUAUUCAUAUCCAUCCCAUUGGUGACAUUUGUGUAUACGUUCACCAACAUUGCAUAUUUCACUGCCAUGUCACCCCAAGAGCUCUUGUCCUCCAACGCUGUGGCGGUAACAUUUGGUGAAAAGUUACUGGGCUAUUUUUCCUGGGUUAUGCCAGUCUCAGUGGCCCUAUCUACAUUUGGAGGAAUAAAUGGAUACCUUUUUACCUCAUCAAGGUUAUGUUUCUCUGGUGCCCGAGAAGGCCAUUUGCCAAGCUUGCUUGCCAUGAUCCAUGUCAAGUACUGUACACCCAUCCCAGCCCUGCUUGUCUGUUGUCUGGCCACUCUUAUCAUCAUGCUUGUUGGAGACACGUACACACUAAUCAACUAUGUGUCAUUUAUUAACUACCUCUGCUAUGGAGUGACAAUUAUAGGCCUGAUCGUGUUACGCUGGAAGAAACCCAAAAUCUUCAGACCUAUUAAGGUGAACCUCCUCAUCCCCAUCACUUACCUGGCAUUUUGGGCAUUUCUGCUGGUCUUCAGCCUAUACUCCGAGCCGGUUGUCUGUGGAGUCGGACUCAUUAUCAUUUUAACUGGAGUGCCUGUGUUUUUUCUUGGAGUCUACUGGAGAAAUAAACCAAAGUGUGUAAAUAGGCUAAUAGGUAAGCACUGCUCGGUGUGCUCCUCAGGCCCACUGCUUGUGGCUUGCAGGGCUCAGCCCCCACCAAUGAUGAGAUCUCAAGGAGCCCAACCACCACUGGCAUGCACAGCCUUCAGACCCCCACAGAAAGCAGGCUAGGUGCUGCUUGUGGACGGCAGUACUUCAGUUUUAAAUUAGAAGGAAUGACGAGCCACCAGGCAGACAGGCAUGUUGCAGGUGAGCCAUGGACAGGAGGUAACAUGCAUUUUUGUGGCUGUUUGUGCAGGUAACUGCUUUCUUCACCACUUGCAGUAUUUGCCUCCACUUGUGCCCCUGUGCAUCCCCCAGCUCACUCACCACAGCCUCAACCACAAAGCAGAUGCACAGGAGCAUCACUUUAAGCACAUAGAGACUGAACAAACCAUCACAAAAGAAAUAAUAAAUGACAGAACUCUGCCUGUCCCUCACCCCGCUCUCACCCCAACAGCACUGCAGAACCCCCACGCGGCACAAUGAAUUAUUUCUCACUUAAAUAACAAAAAAGCCUUGCUUUUUCCCCUCACAUCACAGUGCACAUGUUGGUUGUGAUUGGGCUGUGCUUGGCUUGCAGCUGUUCUGUGGUGAGGACUUUCUCUAAGCAGGAGCAGCUGCCCGCCCGGCCACAGCCUCACUGCAACUGCCGGGCACUGGCGCUACCUCAGGGACAGCCCAGACCUGCGGGCCUCUGGGCAGCACAAAGGGCUCUUCACAGCAAAGGGACAUUCCUAAAAGCACCUGAUAUUAACCCACCUGUGUUUUGCAAACACUGACGUGUCACCCCAACAGAGAUAAAAGCAGCCAAAGGGAAGGUGGGUGGUGUGGAGGGGCCAAGGCCUCUGUAGGGAAGAUGGCUGCCGGGUCCCGCACUGCGUCACACAGCGGUUGAGCAGCCAUGCUGACAGCACUAACCGCACACUUGCUCCCUGCAGAGUCGGUGACGUGCUGGGGACAGAAGCUGUGCUUUGUGGUGUACCCCCAAUGUGGGGCGGCCGAGGAGCCUGCAGCCCACUGCCACCUGCCCAGCAGCGACAAGCCACCAAGGA